AGUGAUUUGUAACUAUGUCCGAUUGUUUGCUCUAUACACUGCAAAAGGCCACAUUCUAUAGAAGGGACAAAUGCAUAUAAAUUCAUUAAAAGCAAAAUCACAUCUUUAGAUAGUCAGAAGUCACGUGGCCUUUUGAAUAUUUGAUGUACCCAGACAAUUUUUCACAAAUAUGAUAGCCCAUGGAUUUGUUUGAUUUUGAAUUGCAUUAUAUCAUUUCAUUUCCCUAUAAUACAUUUAAGUGGAGGCACAUUUCUGUAAGUACAUGACCUGCCCAAUAUUUAACUAUUUCAAAUACGCUCAUUCCAUAUGUAUUGCACACGGUUCGUCCCUUACGUUAAUAGCCCCGGGAUAUCCCCAUAUCGUCACGUACGCCUUAGGAUGACCUUAAGUUACCUUUUGGUAAGACGGUUGCUGCACGCGCACAUCCUGCCCCCUAGCGGAUAACAUCAUAAAAGCAUGGGCAAUUUUCUAAGCAGUCCUACGAUUCAGGAACGUCACUGUACAUUAUUGCUAGGAUCAAACGUCAAUGACCCUGAGAUAAUCAUCCCUUCCCCAAAGCCAUCAAUCAAUGAUUCGUGAUUACUGUCAGUACCCCUACACACCUGUGGGUGUGUCAGUUCAACAUGAAACACAGCCACAUUGUUUUGUGUGACAUAGACAACGACAUAUAAAUGUCGCCGCGCAACAUCUGGUAAAUGCCAAUAUGACCUCAGAAUAACCUAACGCGUAUUAUAAGAUUAAGGUAGCAUAUCCACUCAUUUCUUUUUUGCUUUAGAAGUACAAAUAAGCUAUGAAAGUUCAAAUAUUAUCUUAUUUCCUAAGGCGAAAUUCUUUUGUGUAGUUCGAUCAAGGUAUUUCUAUGGGCGUCAUCUGGGAAUAUAUGUAACUAUGAGUCACACGCUUAAGAUAGCUAGACAAAAACGAAUCUUUGUUCUCAUCGUUUGUGACCGGGUGUGGCAGAAAUCUGUGCUCUGUGAAACAAUGGCGACCGUAAAACGUCUCGUUCUUGUGGCCGUGUUGUGGAUGGCCCUGCUUCAAGUCACAGAUGCACAGUUUCCACGAGCGUGCACGGAUGCUGCGAGCUUCAGGCGGCGGGAGUGUUGUCCUGUCCCCACCGGGUUUACGGAGCCUUGCGGCGGUACAGGCAGGGGGCAGUGUGCUAACUUCACCGAUCCGACGCCUACGAAUCAGACGGAAUGGCCCCCUGUCUACAACCUGGACGACCGCCGGCGCUGGCCUAGUGUGUUCUUCACACGGUUCUGUAGCUGCGAGGGAAACUUUGCCGGAGCAGACUGCGGCAUGUGCAAGAGGGGGUUUCGCGGUUCGAACUGCACCGAGACAAAAAUUCUGAUCAGGAAGAACGUUCUGAAUCUAACAGCAGAGGAGAAGGCCAAGUUUAUCGCUUACAUCAACAACACCAAGUACGCACAAAUUCAAUAUGUGGCGGCAAGCGAAUCCUACGCGAAUGCAAGCAUCGUCCCCCAGUUUAGGAACGUCUCUGCAUAUGAUUUCUUUGUCUAUCUGCAAUAUUACGCGGGCGUCCAUUCAUUCCCUAGUGGUCUUGACUUUUCUCAGGGUAGUGCGGGCUUCGCUACGUGGAAUCGCGCCUUUUUGGUGGCAUUCGAACUGGCGGUCCAAGUCGUGAACGCUGACUACGAUUUCGCGUUGCCGUACUACGACUGGACCGAGUCGUCGUCGUGCAACAGUUCCAACGUCUGCAGCAAUGACCUUGUGGGUGCGAACAACGCGAGCGGGAUGCUGGACGACAUGUCGGUGUUUUCCCGCUGGAACACCGUGUGUGCCCCGUCCAACACGACAGGGGCUAAGCCCUGCGACGUGAACGUGGACACCGGGCCAAUCAUCCGAAAGGCAGACGGUAGUCUUCCAGCAAAAAAGGAAGUGAAUUUUGCUCAGAGGCUCACCACUUUUGACAAAGCCGGUUACAACAAGACGUCCGACUGUAGCUUCCGGAAUCUUCUGGAGGGAUUUGUGAAUACAGGAACAGGCAUACACGACCCUGGCAGGAGAUACCUGAACGAGCAGGUGCACCAAAGCCUGGGCGGGACAGGAGGGACCAUGUCUCAACUGUGGCAGGCGUCCAACGAUCCCAUCUUCUAUCUGCACCGAUGUUUCAUGGACCGCAUCUUCGAGAAAUGGAUGCGGAGACACAAUGUUUCCGUUGACGCCGCCCUUCCCGAGUCUGGCGCCGCCCCAGGCCACAACCGCCAUGAAAACAUCGUCCCGCUCUUCCCGCCCAUCUCACACGCUGCUGUGUACAAGAGAUCCACCGCAUUGGGAUACGACUAUGCUGAUAUCAGCAGCAACGGAAUGAGUGGCAGUAACAUUGGGCCCGACGACUGCCCUGUCCUCCCGACUACUACACCCAUGAUGACUACUACACCCGUGACCGCCGCAGGCCCGGAGCCUGCCCACAUCACCGCAGGGCUGAUAGUGGGCUUCUGUGUAGCGGCUGCACUAGGUAUUGCAGCUCUAGGGAUGCUUGCCUACUGCAUAAAAUCUUAUACAAGCAAGCCUGCCCCUUAAGGGUAGGGAUUCAAUGGUAAAGUUAGGAGGUAUGUCUGCUAUUAGAAUUGUAUAUAAAGCUAAAGGAUAAAGUGGUCAUUGAAAAUGUAAAUCACUAAAACGUCAUGCAUUUCAUCCGUGUGCUUUGUUUUUAUAAGAUAUGGGGAUUCUAAAUUUGAUAAGCGACGUAAAGCGUCAAAACAAGCUUAACUACCAGAUAUCAUUAGUCAUAUUUGUAUGAUUAUAAUAUGAAACUGGCUUAUAGUAUACCGGAAACGUAACUACUUCCUUUCAAUAAUACUGUUUUACUUAUCAAUUUAUUAUAAUCUGUAAAGAAAGCCACACAAUUUUAUAUAUAAAUGAGACUUGGUACCAUGGUAUGAUGUUCAAAAAUAGACACUUUAAUACUCGAAAAUACCGGAGUGACUCACAAUUAAUUCAACGUCGCAAGGUGUAACAAUAGUUUCUACGCCAGCUUUAACAAACGUUUGGAUAGUUGUUUACAAGUAGUAGUAUAGUUAGCAACCAUGUGUACAUGUGGAAUGGGCAUCUCUCGAUCUGUUAUAGUUCUGUAUUGACCUUAGUUACAUACAGGUAAGCAGCGUUUGUUUAGUUUACUUGCUGAUCAGUAUGUUAACAUGUCUGUUUGCAGCAA